AUGGCGUCUCAAGGUCCCUCCCCUCUUCCUCCAACAACCAUUCUCUCCUCAAAACCCAUCUCUCAGUCCGCCGCCCAUGACUUCCUCGCCGCCUAUCUCGAUCGCGCCGCCACAGACCCAGCCCUGCAACCCAACGCUAGCAUCAGCGAGCACGGCCCUAUCUCCCGCACCACAGCUGCAGCGCCGAACCUCAUCCUGCACAAUCUGAAGCGCGUCCAGGCGGGGCUGGCUGGCGAGGUUCUGGGCCGCGAUUUGACUCUGGCGAAGAUCAAUGCCGGUGAGGCGCUGCAGGGUGAGAGUGGGGACAAUGUCGUGUGGGAGGAGACCAAGCAUGAGCAGGUGGCAGCUGAUGAUGCGAUGGAUGACGACGAGGAGGAGAUGCGAGGGGAAGAUGAUGAGGAGAAAGAGCAGCAGCCUGGGAAGGUAGAGGGUGAGGCUGACGAGCAUACCGUGGACAAGGAGGAGCGGAAGAGGAAGAAGAAGGAGCGCCGCUUGGCUGAGAAGAGAGCUAAAGCCAAGGGGGCGGAUGCAUAG